GACAGGUUACACGACUCAUCAAGACGAUUAGCUCUGAUCUGUUUUCUCCCCUUUUUUGUUUCCUGUGCUGCCUCGCCGUCAUCGCUGCUCUGCGUCGUGGAAACCAUCGCUCGCUACGUCGACGUCUCUGUUCGUAUAUUCUCCAUUGUCACCAAUUGCAUUACUCACGUGUGCGUGAGACAACAACAGCAGCAGCAAGACAAGAACGAAAGAAGAUGGGCUGCGUUACGAGUUCUAAGAAAGACGUGGAGGCUGUACCGAGCGGUGAGGUAAAGGCGCUCUCAAUGGACAUGAAGACGCGCUUCGCCAAUGUGGACGCAGAGGUGCUGGGCGACUACAAAGACGAGGCCAUGGCGGAGCUCAUGUUCGUCUACGGCCGGUCCGCGAACAUCUACAUAAUCAAGACUCCCCCUUUCCACCCGGCAAGCCUGCACGAGCGCAAGGAGGAGGAGGCCAAAAAUGAAGGGGAAGAGGACAAGGAGUACCCGCAGGAGGAGACGAAGGAGGAGCCGGUGAAGGAAGUUCGCUGGGCGAUCUUCAAUGACAGCAAGGACGAUGCCAAGUUCGAGACCACCUUUUUCCACGCCGAGGAGCUGCGCAACGCGGGCAACGGGGACGGUGUGAGCUUCGUGCGCAAAGAGAACGGAUCCGUUGUGGCGUCGGUGUACGUGCCUGCUGGUGCUACGGUGCCGUUCGUAGAGGGGCCCAUUAUGGGCUGCAUGUACAAGUGCGUAGUGCACGACCCCAAGACGAACGCCUUCGAAUUUGCUGCCGCGGCGAAGUAA